AUUUUUCAUAAUAGACACAUACUCACGCCAGAUGAAGUGCAUAUUGUGACCUUUGUGACCUGUUAACUCUCGUGUUGAUAACGUGGGUGUAGUAUGUGAUCCUUGUUGUUUGUAAUUAGAUACCGAUGUAUUCAAAUAUACCCGUAUUAGUAGCUAUGUUGUGUAUGCGCAUGCGCGUGAAACGCCUUGUAAACUAAAGGCGAAGAAAAUGUCUGGGGCUGCACUCUUGUUUUGUCUGAUGCUCUACUACCUAACGAAAACAACAGAUUCAUUACGAUGCUACGCAUGCGCAGAUUCCGGAAGUUGUGAGUCGUCCUAUUCUGGUUUGAUACAUGAUAGAGACAAAGGAGGCGUCUACAAUAGAAACUGUUCAGCUCGAAAUCAACAUUAUUGUAUGAUAGAAAGUAUCAAAAAAGAAGACAGAGACGUCAGCUUUAUUCGAGAUUGUAGUGAUGGACACACAUUUUCUUACAACGACAUUCCUCGACUAAAGACUGUUUUGCCUAACAACCAAUCAAAAUGCGCCUACUAUCAGGCCUAUGUUAUCUGUAUAUCCGUCUGUCGUACGGACUUUUGUAACGGCCCCCAGGAGGGAAUCUCAAGUGGUGGUACUAUAAACACGUGGUCUAUCUCAUUAACACUUUUACUGUUUUGGAUUGUUAUCUAAUCUGUUGAUUGUAACGUUUAUUUUCUAUACAUAACAUCACUGAAUUGGAUUGGUCGUGUCACACUUUAAUGGAAUUUAC